AAACUAACCAUGAGUGUUUGUCAAAGAUAGCUAAUAAAACAACACUGAUUGUUAAAAUGAGAGAUCAGAUGAAUGAAUGUCUCUUGUCGUGGGUGGAAGUGAAAAACUCAUGCGAGCAGCGACACGCUUUUUAUCAUCAGACCAUGUUUGGAAGAUCUUCCUGUUCUGUCGUGUUUCUGCUAAAACGAAAGUACAGCUGAAGUGUGAGCCGAGGGCGGAGAGAUGGAGGAGGAGAAACUCUGUAUAAACUGACUGUUCACUCGCUGUUGAACACAUUCAUUCACGUUCAGCCGUCGACAUGAGGCCACUGCAGCACUGCAUUAAGAUCUUAUACCAUGCUAAUAAAUCUGAGGAGCCUUUCGUGGAGAUCGUCACUGUGAAGCAGCAGAACAAGCGGCGUCCGAGCGUCUGCAGCUCCGCAGACUCUGAGUCUGACGACCAGCUGCCGCUCUUAACACACCACAGUCAGAUUCUGGAAGAGCAUCAUCUUGAACGACUGAUGAAUCACAUGCCGGCACGGACGCAGGGUUACUCUUGGAAGCUGGUGUACAGCACGGUGGAGCACGGCACGAGCCUGACCACACUGUACCGACAGAUGAGAGAGUUAGACAGACCCGUGCUGAUGGUCAUCAGAGACACGGACAAGCAGGUGUUUGGAGCGUUCUCCUCCGAUCCGUUCAGAGUCAGCAGCUUCUGCUACGGGACGGGAGAGACCUUCCUCUACAGCUUCAGUCCCGAGUUUCAGAUCUUCCGCUGGAGUGGAGAAAACUCCUACUUUGUGAGAGGAUUCCUGGACUCUCUGCAGAUGGGAGGAGGAGGGGGUCCGUUCGGCCUGUGGCUGGACUCGGAUCUGUACCGCGGCUCCAGUUACUCCUGCAACACCUUCUGUAACCGUCCUCUCAGCCUCCAUCACGACUUCAUCGUCCAGGAUCUGGAGGUGUGGAGCUUCGUCUGAGCUCAGAACGCUUCUCUGCUGUCGGUUCUCGUCUGGGGACUUUAACAGAACCCGCUCUGUUCCUCGUUCAGCGCUUCUGCUGAGGACACGGAUGCGCGGGAAACAGAAAGAAAACGAGUUGAGGCAGGCUUCGGGGUUAACUUCCCAUUUCCAGACACUGUGAGCGUUCCUGAGGCAGAGCUCAAGCCCUGUGUAGACGACACAACACACUAGAUUUGAGACGAAACCCUUGAAUACUACUGAUACACCUGAAGCACUUCAGCUUCAAAGAGCACUUCGAUUACGAAUGGUUUUCUGGGUCAGACUCAGGAAAAGUGGGAAAAUGUUUUGCUGUUUAAUUGUGAUUUCACUACUGCUUAUUGUUUUUUUACUCUAUUUAAUAUCUGUGAUCACAUGUUGAAAUGUUUUGGGGUUUGUGUGUGUGUUGCAGUGCUGGCGCUGCGUCUGUAAAGCACUGGGUUUACUGGGAUUUCUAAUAAAACGAAUAGUUUUUCAUUGAA